AUGUCAAUUUACAAAAAUACACAACCAACUGUCUCCAUAUACAACUCCGAAUGUUAUAAUCCACAACUUUUGCAUGAUAUCAAAUCUGUUUUGAUUAUCGGAUCAGGCGGUUUAUCUAUUGGUCAAGCUGGUGAAUUUGAUUAUUCGGGUUCACAAGCUAUUAAAGCUAUAAAGGACUCAAAUUCAAACAUUAACAUCAUCCUAAUAAAUCCAAACAUUGCAACUAAUCAAACUUCUCAUUCUUUAGCUGACAGGGUUUACUAUUUGCCAGUCACUCCAGAAUAUAUUACCUACAUUAUCGAAAAGGAAAGACCAGAUUCCAUUUUAUUGACUUUUGGUGGUCAAACAGGAUUAAAUUGUGGUAUUUCAUUAAAGGAGAAUGGUAUCUUAGAUAAGUAUAACGUUAAGGUUUUAGGUACACCAAUUAAAACUUUGGUCACUUCUGAAGACAGAGAUUUAUUUGCUAAGGCAUUGAAUGAAAUCAAUAUUCCAAUUGCUGAAUCAAUAGCUUGUGACAAUAUUGAUGAUGUCAUUGCAUCUGCUAAUAAAAUUGGUUAUCCGGUGAUUAUCAGAUCUGCCUAUGCAUUAGGUGGUUUAGGAUCUGGUUUUGCUAAUAAUGAUACUGAAUUAAAAAAUUUGGCUUCACAAUCUCUAGCUUUAGCCCCACAAGUUUUAGUGGAAAAAUCGAUGAAAGGUUGGAAAGAAAUUGAAUAUGAAGUCGUUAGGGAUCACGUAGGAAAUUGUAUCACCGUCUGUAACAUGGAAAAUUUUGAUCCAUUAGGUGUCCACACUGGUGAUUCGAUCGUUUUUGCUCCUUCUCAGACUUUAUCGGAUGAAGAAUUCCAUAUGUUAAGAACCGCUGCGAUUAAGAUUAUCAACCACUUAGGUGUUAUUGGUGAAUGUAAUGUCCAAUAUGCUCUACAACCGGAUGGUUUAGAAUAUAAAGUCAUUGAGGUGAAUGCAAGAUUAUCUCGUUCUUCUGCUUUAGCUUCAAAGGCAACUGGUUAUCCAUUAGCGUACACAGCUGCAAAAAUUGCAUUAGGAUAUACUUUACCGGAAUUACCAAACCCAAUUACUACUACUACUGUCGCCAAUUUUGAACCUGCUCUGGACUAUAUUGUCGCUAAAAUUCCGAAAUGGGAUCUAUCAAAGUUUCAAUAUGUAAACAGAGAUAUCGGCUCAGCGAUGAAAUCUGUUGGCGAAGUCAUGGCCAUUGGUAGAUGUUAUGAAGAAGCUUUCCAAAAAGCUAUCAGACAAGUUGAUCCAUCAUUAUUAGGUUUCCAAGGUUCCGAUGAGUUUGAAGACCUUGACGAAGCAUUAAAAACUCCUACUGACAGAAGAUUAUUAGCAAUUGGCCAAGCUUUGAUUGUUGAAAACUACACCGUUGAAAGAGUCCAUGAAUUGACAAAAAUCGAUAAAUGGUUUUUACACAAGUGUAGUAACAUUGUUGAUAUUUACAAAUAUCUUGCUCAAGUUAAGGACAUUACUCAAUUAUCAUACAAAUUAUUAUUAAAGGCCAAGAAAUUAGGAUUUUCUGAUAAACAAAUUGCUAAGUCCAUUAACAUCGAGGAACAAUUAAUCGAUGAACUACAAAUCAGAGAAUUAAGGAAGUCUAAAGGAAUCAUACCAUUCGUUAAGAGAAUUGACACAUUAGCUGCUGAAUUUCCUGCCGACACUAACUACUUAUACAUAACUUACAAUGCAACCAAAAGCGACAUUGAAUUCAAUGAUAAUGGUGUUUUAGUUUUAGGUUCAGGUGUUUAUAGAAUUGGUUCGUCGGUGGAAUUUGAUUGGUGUGCUGUUAAUGCAGCAAAGAGCUUAAGAGAACAAGGAAAGAAAACAGUGAUGAUUAAUUACAAUCCAGAAACCGUAUCUACUGACUUUGAUGAAGUUGAUAGAUUAUAUUUUGAAGAAUUAUCAUUAGAAAGAGUUAUGGACAUUUAUGAUUUAGAACACUCGGAAGGGUGUAUUAUUUCUGUGGGAGGUCAAUUACCACAAAAUAUUGCUUUGAAAUUAUUUGAAAAUGGUUAUAAAACUCUAGGUACUAGUCCAGUAGAUAUUGAUAAUGCUGAAAAUAGACAUAAAUUUUCAUCAAUUCUAGAUUCAAUCCAAGUUGGUCAACCUGAAUGGAGUGAAAAUUCUACCCUUGAAAGCGCUGAAGAGUUCUGUAAUAAAGUUGGAUAUCCCGUAUUAAUUCGUCCAUCGUAUGUGUUAUCAGGUGCCGCCAUGUCUGUUGUUAAUUCCGAAGAAGAAUUAGAUAAGAAAUUAACAUUAGCCUCUGACAUAUCACCAGAUCAUCCUGUUGUCAUUUCAAAGUUUAUCGAAGGUGCUCAAGAAAUUGAUGUUGAUGCCGUUGCUCAUAAUGGCUCUGUAUUAGUACAUGCGAUUUCUGAACAUAUUGAAAAUGCUGGUGUCCAUUCUGGAGAUGCCUCUCUAGUUUUACCUCCACAACAAAUCUCUUCUGCUAUUAAAACCGAAUUACUAAGUAUUGCCAAAAAAGUAGCUAAAGCUUGGAAUAUCACAGGUCCUUUUAACAUGCAAAUUAUAAAUGAUGGUAUUGGACCAUUGAAGGUUAUCGAGUGUAAUAUUAGAGCUUCAAGAUCAUUCCCGUUCGUUUCCAAGGUUCUAGGUGUUAAUUUUAUUGAUAUUGCAGUCAAAGCAUUUUUAAGUAAACAUGUUCCUGAACCAGUUGAUUUAAUGUCAAAAGAAUAUAACUACGUUGCUACCAAAGUUCCUCAAUUUUCAUUUACUAGAUUAGCUGGUGCUGAUCCAUUUUUAGGUGUUGAAAUGGCCUCCACCGGUGAAGUUGCUUCCUUUGGUGCGAAUCUAAUUGAAAGUUAUUGGACAGCUAUUCAGAGUACUAGUAACUUUAAGGUUCCUUUACCUCCAAGUGGUAUCUUAGUCGGUGGUGAUUUAACCAAAAACUACAUCAAGAACGUUGUGAAGACUAUCGACACCUUAGGGUUUAAAAUAUAUGUUCCAAACCAAAGUACCUAUGAUUAUUUGACUUCCGAAAAAGAGAUCCAAUCUGAAAUAAUUAUUGCAGAGAUUCCAGCAGACAAGAGUAAAUUAAGAAAGUACUUCCAACAGUUAGACAUUCAAACUGUAUUCAAUCUAGCAUCGAAGAAGGCUGAAGAUACCCUUGAUGAAAAUUACAUUAUGAGAAGAAGUGCUAUUGAUUUUGCAAUUCCUCUAUUCAAUGAACAUGAAACAUCUUUACUAUUCGCAAAAUGUUUGCAAAAGAAAGUCGAUGAAAAGAUCAAGAUAUUAAACUCCAACGAUGUUGUCAUUCCACCAGAAGUCCAUUCUUGGGAUGAAGUGCUAGGCUUCAAAGCUUAA